AUGGGAAGGACUUCAUUAUCUGAUUGCUUGCCAUGCAAACCAGGACAUUACUGUUCAACUGCCGGUCAAACCCAACCCAGCGGCUUGUGCUUUGAGGGUUUUUAUUGCACCAGAAAUGCCUCCCAGCCUAAUCCACCUGAUGGUCAAAGUGGUGGAAUUUGCCCUGUGGGAUUUUACUGCAAAGCUGGAGCACGUAAACCUGUUCCCUGUCCUGUCACAACAUUCCUGAAUCACAGUGGUGGUGCUGAGUGUGCUGUGUGUCCUGCUGGAUUUUACUGCACUCAUGGCAACAGGAUUAAUCCCUGCCCACCAGGAUUCUACUGUCCAGCCAGCACUGGGGUAGAAAUCCCAGCAUGUCCUGUAGGUACAUAUGGAGGACGUGCAGGACUAAAGGAAGAGAGGGAUUGUCUGCCAUGCAAAGGAGGGUUCUACUGUGCCCAAGAUGGCCUUCCAUGGCCUCAGGGGAAGUGUGAUCCUGGGCAUUACUGUACAUCAGGGGUGAACAUCCCCAACCCUGGGCCAACACAGGAGUUCUUGGGCAUAGGUGGAAAGUGUGGGGUUGGACAGCACUGUCCUGCUGGAUCAGCCCAACCACAGCCAUGUCCAUCAGGAACCUAUGCUGAAGAAGAAGGAAUGCAGUAUUGUCGAAGGUGUCCUGCAGGAUAUUACUGUCAAUCUACGGUGGUGACUCCUGAGCCCUGUUUGCCGGGUUAUUAUUGUCCCUCUGGAACCGAGGAAGCCACACAGUAUCCCUGUCCUCCAGGAACAUACAACGAACGACCAGGUAGUAGAAGUGAGAGGGAGUGUGAGACCUGUCCUCCAGGGCAACACUGCAGUGGAUUUGGCCUCGCGAAACCUUCUGGGCCUUGUGCCACGGGUUACUACUGCACAGGGGGGUCAGCAACCAGCAAACCAACCACUAAUAAUUUGAAGUUUAACACUUCCUUGAACUCCACUUCUGAGUGCAAGUCCUGGCUGGAACAAAACCAAAUGACAGGUGGGCUUUGUCCAGCUGGUUAUUAUUGCCCACCAGGAUCUCCCUCUCCAGUACCAUGUGAUGCAGGGACAUACUGUUCAGAUACAAAACUCUCCGCACCAACAGGAGGCUGUAAUGCCGGAUAUUAUUGCAAUGCUGGCUCCACACAGCCUGACCAACACAUCUGUCCUGCUGGCUUUUACUGCCCAGGCAGCACAGUGGUUCCUAUACCUUGCCCAACUGGUACCUACAGCAACAACACUGGAAACGAAAAGGAAUCAGACUGCCAGCUUUGUCUUAGUGGACAGUUCUGUGAAGGGCAAGGCAAUGUUGCUCCUGAUGGUCCUUGCUUGGCUGGAUUUUAUUGUCCCCCUGGUCAAAGGUCAGCCAGUCCUACUUCAUUCCUCUGUCCAUCUGGUCACUAUUGUCCCAGUGGAACUUCCAUUCCACUUGCAUGCCAGGGAGGAACUUACCAAGCGCAGGAAGGCCAAGAGAUCUGUGAAUCAUGUCCAGCUGGUUUCUUUUGUGAAUUCUCUAAUGGUUCUGGUGGGAAGGUUCCUGAGCUGUGUCCCAUGGGCUUCAUCUGUCCUCCUGGCACCACUUUGGGUACAGAACAUCCCUGUGCUGAGGGUACAAAUGGUCCUUUGCCCGGUACAGCAAAUGAGGCGGGCUGUUUACCCUGUUCACCAGGUAUGUAUUGUGCUUCCAAUGGCCUCUCCAACCCCAGUGGACCGUGUUACCCUGGAUACUACUGUACUGGAAGUGCCAUCACCCCAACUCCCAGCAAACAUUUGGUAUAA